GGUUUGCAUUCGUGUCAUCAUCGAUCUGCAAUGGCUGCCUCCGCUAUUCGUUUCGCGUGGUGCCUUGUUUUUCUUCAACUUCUGGCUGCAACGUUGGCUGAAGAAGCCUGCAAUGUUUAUGGUGACGGACAUGUGUAUCCGGGGGAGUCUAAGAAAGAUGCAAAGCAUGCAGUUCAUUGGAGCAAAACUCAAAUUUCGAAACCAGCACCUUAUUUUGAAGGUACAGCAGUGAUUGAUGGAGAAUUCAAAGAACUUAAGUUGUCUGACUUCAAAGGAAAAUAUCUGAUUCUUUUGUUCUAUCCAUUGGAUUUUACCUUUGUCUGCCCGACAGAAAUAAUUGCUUUCAGCGAUCGUAUCAAUGAUUUCAAAGCAAUUAAUACCGACGUUGUUGCUAUAUCUGUUGAUUCACCGUUUACUCAUCUAGCUUGGAUAAACACUGACAGAAAACAAGGAGGACUGGGCAAAAUGCAGAUCCCUCUACUGUCCGACUUAACUCAUCAGAUAUCAAAGGAUUAUGGAGUUUAUCUUGAGGAUUUAGGACAUACGCUGAGAGGUUUAUUCAUAAUUGAUGAAGAUGGAGUACUACGACAAAUUACAAUGAAUGAUUUACCAGUUGGUCGAUCAGUUGAGGAAACCAUUCGUCUAGUGCAAGCUUUCCGGUACACAGACAAGCACGGUGAGGUGUGUCCAGCGGGCUGGAAGCCAGGCAGUGACACAAUCAUUCCGAACCCGUCCGACAAACUGAAGUACUUUUCCAAUCAAGAUAACAGCAGAUAAUAACUUUUUAUAUUUGCUUAAAGUCAGGCUCCGGAGGAAAACAAUUUUUUUAUAUGUUGUAGAACUGAUUUUUCUAAGACAGAAAAAAGUUGUUUGACGAAAAACUGGG